AUGAGAAAAGUAAUACUUUUUAUAGCUGCUAGUAUAGAUGGUUUUAUAGCAAGAGAAGAUGGAAAUAUUGAUUGGUUACCACCAAUUAAUAAUGAAAAUAAUGAUGAUUAUGGAUAUAAAUCAUUUUAUGAAAAUAUCGAUGUUACGUUAAUCGGAAGAAAAACUUAUCAACAAAUAUUAACUUUUCCUGCAAAUGAAUUUGUUGAGUUUGUUAAUGAUGAUGUUUAUGAAUUUGUUAAUCAAUUAAAAAGCCAAUCUGGUAAAGAUAUAUGGUUAGUUGGUGGUGCUCAAUUAAAUAAAACAUUACUUAACUUAGGUUUAAUUGAUGAAAUUAUAUUGACUAUAAUUCCAAUUGUUCUUGGUAAAGGUAUUCAUUUAUUUGGACAACAAUCUAUUGAACAGCAAUUUAAAUAUUCCGAUACAAAAAUAUUUCCAUCUGGUUGUGUUCAAAUCAAGUAUACUAUUUAA